CGUGUGUUUUUCCAUAUGGGAUGUAUUUUGUUUGUACGCUCUUGGGUGACUUCCGUGAAGUCGUGGCUCCUGGAGUCCUGGGAUUAUGUGGAAAUCUCAGCUUCCGUUUUUAAAAGAGUCCGGACACUCUUUGUGAGCGGCCUGCCCCUGGACAUCAAACCACGGGAGCUCUACUUGCUCUUCAGACCCUUCAAGGGCUACGAAGGCUCUCUCAUCAAGCUCACCUCCAAACAGCCGGUCGGGUUUGUCAGCUUUGACAGUCGCUCCGAAGCAGAAGCUGCCAAGAAUGCCCUGAAUGGAAUUCGCUUUGACCCCGAAAUCCCACAAACGCUACGACUAGAGUUCGCCAAGGCAAACACCAAGAUGGCCAAGAGCAAGCUAGUGGGAACCCCGAACCCGAGCACGCCUCUCCCCAGCGCUGUACCUCAGUUCAUUACCAGGGAGUCAUAUGAGCUCACAGUACCUGCACUUUACCCCAGUAGCCCUGAAGUGUGGGGGCCGUACCCUCUGUACCCAGCGGAGUUAGCGCCUGCUCUGCCUCCUCCUGCUUUCACCUACCCCGCUUCACUGCAUGCCCAGAUGCGCUGGCUCCCUCCCUCCGAGGCUGCUACUCAGGGCUGGAAGUCCCGUCAGUUCUGCUGAACGCUGUGUAUCAGGUGUGUGAUGGUGGCUACAAUCAGUCUUGUGGGUAUUAAUGGAGCCUUUGAUGAACAUGGCUACUGGUUUCUCGUGCCUGCCUGCAAAACUACAGUGUGCUGGCUUGAAAAACCUCACACAAGUUUUGAUUCCUUCAAGACUUUGCCACAGCCUCUAUCACACAUCUGCUCUCAUAGAAGAAAAAAAAGCAUACAAAAUAACGUUUUCCUUUUCUACACUGUAUUAUUGUAAGGAAGAGAGUGUUACUUGUGAAAGCAUGGUUGGACUGUCAUUGCUGUAGAGUUUGAAAAGUAUUUUCAAACAAGAACAUAAAAAAAACCAACCAUCAAAGCAAAAAGAGCAAGUAUUUUUAUACUAAAUAUGCGUGUAGCAAUCUUAAUGCUGGGAUGGAUCACAGUUUUUGUGCUUGACUUUUGAAUGCGUGCAAUUAAGAUUCUCUUUUUUUUUUCUUUUUUCUAAGCUGCAUGUUUCAAGACAUGUUUUUAAAUCUCGUUCAAAUUUAAAGAAGUGUCUUGUUAGUUUUAUAGACCUGGUUCUCGGCGAGAGCCGAGUUAAAAUGUGCUGAACUACAGAUCUGAGUGUAUUUACAGUAUUAGGGUUUUAGUCCCAAGUGUACCAUAUUCUUUCAGGCAGGACAAUCAGAAAACAACUUAGUAUACUUUUUCUACCUUACGGGUACAGUUCCAGCUUGCUGCAUGAGGCUUUAGUAUAGCAGAGAGCUGGAAAAAGCCAUGCAUGGAGACUGCUAUGAACGAGAACUUUCUCUGUGCUUACUGCAUGCACAGUUACAUUUGCUGGCUCACAUCUUUUCAGGGGCAGGGAGGGCUGGUUCCAGUAACUGCUUGAAAUUUGUAUUGGCAAUGUAAACUGUUUGUAAUGGGGAAAAAUUGGCCCCAAUUCAGCAACACACUCAAGAACGUGCUAGAGUCUAGUUGAAGUUAAUAAGUGCAUACUUAGUUAUGCUUCAGUGCUGUGUUGAAUUGUGGCCUUCUAAAUAGUUUAUUCCUGUCCAGCUCCUUGUUAUCUAGGUAAUAUACUGGUAUUUUUCAAUGAAAAAGUGAAGCCAAGAAGGGAGGCUUUGGCAUUUUCUGCUAACUCUGUUCUUUACUACAGUCAUGAUCCUGAAGCAAUAUUUGUGAUGUUUACUGAGAAUACUGUAUUAGCAACAAGAAGCUUAUUUUAACAGUACAUUCCUUUUCCCUAUUGCUUUUCCCUUUGCAUAGGAAUAAUAUAAAAAUGAGUUCUUGUUUUCUUGACCACUCUCCCAUAAUGCUGUGCUGCAGACUGUACUGACUGGUUCAAGAAGGACCUGACUAUUGACAAGUUUUGUGAAAGCGUGCUCACAAGUUCCCCCAUAGUUUUGGUCAGAUUGUGCUGAACACCUAGUGAUGUCAGUGUUUUUAUAACAACACAAUAGUUUUUUGUGGAAAUGCAGAUGUCGAGAAUUCUUCAUUCCUAAAACCACAAUAGUAGUUGAAGGCAGAAAACAGAAAAAUACCAAUUCUACCUUGAGAGAACAAAUUAAAUUCUACUACACAUGUUUAAAGAAAUCUAAACAGAAGGGUCUAACCAUUCUAACCAAUAGACUAGUUCUUUAGAAAACUGAUUUUCUGUACUUGUUUUGGGAAAUAGGGGAAAGAAACAUCCAUUGUCUACUCUGCUUUUUUGAAAUAUGUUUAAAGGUACUUUUCUAUUGUAAUUUUUAAAAAAUAAAACUAUUAUUAUAACAUAUCACAGCUU